AUGGGGGAUGGAAGAGCCGCGCUCCUGCUGCCGGUCGCUCUGCUGCUGCGCUGGCCACACAGCAGCCUGGGACUGAAAUGUGGCCAAAGAAUGAACAGUUCUGAGAAGUCUGAAGUUUUGGAAAUCAUAGGCGGGGAGCCUGCAAACAUCAGAGAUUUCCCCUGGCAGAUUCGUAUCCUUGAAAACGGGAGUCAUCUCUGUGGAGGAUCAAUCCUCAGUGAGUGGUGGAUUCUGACCGCAGCCCACUGCUUCAAAAGCAAAAAUGAAUCUACCUUGGAGGUCACACAUGGUGAAGAAAAUCUUGAUACCCAGAACUUGACGAAGAUAAAAGUGGACGAGCUAAUUAUUCACAAUAAUUUUGACAGUUGGUUCUACCUUAAUGACAUCGCUUUGCUGUUGCUGAAAUCGCCUCUGAGCUUGGGUGUCAGGAAGGUACCCAUCUGCCUUUCGGAGGUCGCUGACAUAGAGCAAUGGAGGAACUGCUGGGUGACCGGGUGGGGUACUACUGUCCCUAAGCGGAGUACAGAGACAAGGCUCCGGAAAGUCAAUAUCCAGCUGAUCAAGUGGGAAACCUGCUUUGAGCUGAUGCCUCUACUGACCAAGAGCAUGCUGUGUGCCGGGGACCUUGAAGGUGGGAAGGAUGCCUGCCAGGGUGACAGUGGGGGGCCUCUGGUUUGCCAGAAAAAAACCAGGAAAAGCAAAUGGUACCAACUGGGCAUUGUCAGCUGGGGAGUGGGCUGUGGCCAGAAGGAACAUCCUGGAGUGUACACACAGGUGUCUAGUUACCUGUCAUGGAUUGAGAUGAAGACCAAGCUAUCAAAAAGGCCCUACAGGCAUGAGCCAGACUCUGGGUACAGUUUGCUUCUAUCACCCUGGGCCAUCUUGGUACUGUAUUUUCUGAUGUUUCUAUUAUCCCCAUGA